AAAGCCCACCUUAUUUUUUAAAAUGAAAAUUUUUGUAGGCUGCAUGGUGUGGUUCUGAUCUCACUGCAACAGUGAGAGUGCUUAAUCCUGCAAGGUGCCAAGUACUCUGGCCCUGAUCCUGCAAAGCAUUUAGGCACAGCUUAACUUUAAGCAUUGGAAUAGUCCUGUUGAAGAUGUAGCCCGGUGGGAUUCUUGGACAAGAAACAAAGCCUUGAGUAUGACCAGAAAGAUCUUCACCAACACCAGGGAGCGGUGGAGGCAGCAAAAUGUCAACAGCGCCUUUGCCAAGCUGAGGAAGCUCAUCCCCACCCAUCCCCCAGACAAAAAACUGAGUAAGAAUGAGACACUCCGCUUAGCCAUGAGGUACAUCAACUUCCUCGUCACGGUCCUGGGGGAGCAGGGCCUGCCGCAGACAGGAGUGGCUGCCCGGGGCAGUAUACUGGGGCUGUUUCAACAAGCCCCACAUUUGCAGAGUAUGCAGGAACUAACUCUGAUUGAAGACUGUGGAGUCCCUUCUCCGGGCACAAGCAGCAAUAUCCCAGAGUGCUGGUCAGAGACGUCGUCUCCCUAGCAGGCAAUGAGUGAGGCAGUCCUGGUGUUAGUUUGAUAGUCUCCUUUGCAUAACUUGUGGGUUGUUUGCCUCUGUACAGUAUUUAUCUAUUUAUAUCUAUUACUGUUGUAUUAAAUAUAUUUUUAUUUAAAAGGAAAGGAGGUGGAAGGAAUCAUUGGAAGGAGGACAAUGACUUGGAUGAAUAGGGAGUGGUGUUCGACCCUUGGAAAUUUGCAAGGAUUCAAUGUAGUGAUUUCACAGAUUCAUGGAAAAAUCAAAGCCAAGAGGGGACCAUUAUGAUCUGAGCCCCUAUAUAACAGAGGCCAUAGAAUUUCAUCCAGUUAUUGCUGCAGUGGAAGAGAUUAUUCUUCCUUGCUACAUAAGGAGACGCUAUCGAGUCCAGUUGCUUGUGGCUCAGCUGGCAUGUUUCACUUAAAAAUUAUCCAGCCUUGACUGAAAGGUUCCAAGCGAUGGAGCAUUUACCACAUCCCUUGGUCGGCUGUUCCAAGUUAAGAGUUUACAUCUUAUUUCUGUACUGAAUUUUUCUAACAAGUAGCUUUCAACUGCUGGGUCUUGUUUUGCCUUUGUCUGUUAGGCGGAAGGGCUCUCUAACACCAGAAUGAAGCACAAAUGAGUAAAUAAAUAACAGCCACCAAGAAAUUAAAACAGAAAUGCCAGCCUAUGUUGAAAGAAGAAAUUUUAUGGGCAAAGUUUCAGCAGAUGCAGUGGAUAGUGUCCGUCAGCAGAUCUAUACCCAGCUGUGGGAGCACCAGGGGGAAACUGGCCAUCCUCAUUCUGGCUCCUUUCAAAACCCACAGAGAGGCUGCUCCUCUGGCCUUCCAUGGCAGGACUUAAUGGGCCCGGAGCUAGCCUUAUGUGCAUGAAUCCCCUGGGCCAGCAAAGACACCUGUAUGCAAACAUCUAGGCAAAUUCUACACCACCCGCAGACCAUGCCAAACAAGAGUAGGAAGCGGGGACUCUGCGAAGCUGUUGCUGACCAGAAUACAGGCCUGCAGGAGUCCAGCUUUUGCAGCAAACAUGUGUGCCCAUUUGGCAUGCUUCCAGAGUUAGGUUUCCUAUGAUCGUCACGCCAGCCUAUGAGACCAGCGCAUCGCUCUACCAGAAUGGCUGCGGUCGUGUUUGUACAUGUAUCCUGUGUGUGUAUGGACCGUGGGCUUCCCUUAAAACGUGCUGAUUUUGCCUUUGAUAAUUAGAUGAGUUUGAGCCAAAGGCCAAUGAACUCAAGGAAAAAAAUGCAGUAGGAAAUACUUCCAUUGAAUUCAGUGGGCUUCGGCUCGUGCCCCAUUAGCAGUAGCCCCAGUACAAAUUACUGUAGGGCAGUGGUUCUCAAACUAUGGGGUGGGCCUCCCAAGGGAGGCACAGGAAUGUGUCAAGGAAUGUGCAUGCUCCAUGGGGGGGUGGGGGGUUGUUUUUUUAAGCUCUCUGGGCUGUGGCUGUCAGUCCUGAGUGGCUGGGGCCCAUGCAGAAGGGCUGUGCACACCCAGGAAGCAGGGAUAAAGGGGACAGCCAGAGCCCUGCUGCCCCGGGGUUCGGGUUCUUCUUUCCACCCACCUCAAUCCCUCACUGGAAGGCAGCCGGGGCUCAGGCUAUCCUUUCCCUCCCACCCCCAAUCCCAAUCCCUCACCUGGCUGUGGUGGGGCUCUGACUGUCAAUCCCGGUGUGGCUGCAGCAAUGCAGAAGUAAGGGUGGCAAUGGGGCGCUAAAUCAGCUGUGAAAAGUGAUAUUGAUGAAUAUCACUUUUCACAUUGCCACCCUCAUUUCUGUGCUGCUACUGGCUUGCACUUCCUUCAGAGCUGGGGGCCCGGCCAGCAGCCACUGCUCUCCGCCCUGCCUUCAGAGCUGGGUGGCAGUAUAUGUACUUGCAGGGGAAGGGAUGGGGACAUAAAUGACUAUAGACACAAAGAAGGGGGGGCCUGAUCAAAUAAGUUUGAGAACCACUGCUGUAGGGAAUACCUACAUUAUCUCAUAGAGCUGGAAGGGACCUUGAAAGGUCAAGUCCAGCCCCUUGCCUUCACUAGCAGGACCAUGUACUGAUUUUUGCCCCAGAUCCCUAAGUGGCCCCCUCAAGAAUUGAGCUCACAGUCCUGAGUUUAGCAGGCCAAUGUGCAAACCACUGAGCUAUCUCUCCCUCCCUCCUUCAGAUACUGAGAUGACAACAUUUAAGCAUCUCAGGCAAUUGUCAGGCAUUUAAGGAUGACCAAGUGGCAUGGGAGAGCAAUUGUACCGUAGAAUGUUGCUCACCAAUCAGUUCAUUUGAGUAUUGGAGUUGCCCUCCUGUGUCAGCAAAGAUCUGGACAGCUCAUAGGUGUUAAAAAUCAACUUUAACAGCAGGUAGAAAGUCUAAGGAUUCAAAUGUAAAGGGUUUGGGGUCAAAUCCUGCUCUCACUGCAGUCAAUGAUAAAACGUCUAUUGAGUUCACAGAGACCGGGAGGUGGCACACAUACCUGAGUUUUAAGUACAUCCAUUAUGGUCCAACAAGUGAAAGUGACCCGUGCUCUACCAGAUCUCCUUGGCUGCUUCUGCCUCCUAGUGAGACUAAGAGCCAUCUUCAGAACCUGCAGUUAGGGCUUUGAGUGCAUUACAAUGCUUGAAACAUUUACGCUUGUAGCAUAGGGAAUCUAUCACCCGAUGAUGAGUUUCCUAUCAGAAUCACACAAACCAAACAUACAAACAUCUCCACAUUCCCUAUAUAUUCAUUUGUCUCAGGGGAGCGGACAAGGAAACAGAUUUGACCCAACUGGGCAUGAUUUUUUGCUGAUCUGAACACUUACGAAGACUAAAGUUGUCAAAAAUAUUUCUACAGUGGCUCUGUGAUUGCUCCUGAAUUGCACAGUGGAGCUAGCAGAAACAUUUCAAAUAUUGACCAAAAAAAGCUGAAAAUUUUAGUGAACAAUUAAUUUUUUUUCAAAGAGCUCUGGUUUCCAGCCUAGUUACUCCUAGAUUUUGGCGCUUUGAGGACAUGAAAUGAGUGAAAACACUGAAGAGCUUCUGAGUGGAAACACGCCAAGAGUCUUUUUCGUGAUCGGUGAAGAUCAUGCUUUAUCCUUCCCUAUGCCCACUUUAAUGUAGCUGCAUGGAUUGAUAUUGUCUAUUCCAGGCACAGGCUCGAAUUUAAUGGGCUAGCUUCUCAUCCUGGGUAUCUGUUGGCUUCAAUGGAGUUACACCAAGGAUAAAUUUGGCCAAAUAGGUGUAAACAUUUACAUGUGAGGAUUGUUGGUGCUUUUCUUUCCAUCAACCCAUUGCUAGCAUUGGAAAUGUUUGAUCAUCAGCAAAGCACGUCAAAAUAGAUCCAUCUUUGAGCUGAGUAUUGUUGUCAAGGAAAGGGAAGAAAGCCUAGCAGUUAAGUAAUGUGAAAUGCUUGUUAUUUAUAUAUUGAAAACUUUUCUUAUUCUUGGCUCAAAUGUUUUUUGUUCUCUUUUCAUUUAGGAUCUCCUACUCGGAGGCACAGCAUGUGUAUGACUAGAUUUAUCUACCAAAGAUUUGUUUGUCAGAACUUCUCUUCAUUUUUUGUGAUUUCUUAUCUGUAUGGCGGUGAACAAAUACGGUGUAACUGAUCACAUUUUGUUGUAUACAAUGUUAUUUAA